CGUGGAAACUCACCACACCGCUGCCUCUUCUCGACUGGAGCGGCGCCCGCGCCGCCGCUGCUCGUCCAGACGCGCGCCGCGGUGGGCCACGCCCGCGCCGCCGCUGCUCAUCCCAUCGCGUGCCGGCGGUGGGCCGCGCAUCUACUCGCGCCGGCGCCUGCCGUCACUUUGGCCUCCUCCUCUCGCCGGAAACGACGCCGCCUCUCGUCAGAUCUGCCGGAGUUCAACAACGGUGUGGCCUUCUCCGUUCGGUCUCCACCAUCCAGGACCUCGUCCCCAACAAGAACCUCCAGGACCUCGUCGUCAUCUUCUACCAGCUUGUCUAGGUAUGCCAAAUUCCAUCCUUCUCCUGAAUUGAUUGGUUUGGUGGUUGGGAAGGUGAAAUCUUGGGCUAGAUCUGAUCGAUUAUGUUGCGGAUAGUUAAUCUUGGGCUAGGUAAUCUUGUGCUAAUUUUACUUGUGAAAUCUCUAGGCAUAAUCUGUGCAGCUCUGUAUAAGUUGUGGCUCUGUGUAUUAAUUCCUGAUGCUCGUGUGGAUAAAGCUUGAGCAUCUCUGUUGAUCCAUGAUAUACUCUUAAUUUUUGCCCUAACAAACUUGAUACGGUUUGUGUAUUAAUUAGAAUUCUUCAUGAUCCUGUGAAGCACCCAAACUUGCUUUGUCAAUUCCUGGAAUUAAAAUGGGUAAUUUACUAUGGGAGAUGAUAGUAACAAAUUCUAGAUGUCUGACAUAAUGUUCAUUCGAAGGAAAAUAUUUUCUUCCUUUCCUUUUAUGUUGAUCAAGAUAUAUUGAAAGGAGAGUAAUCAGGUUUUGUCCCUUUAUUUCCGAACAGAUAUUUUUGUGGUUCAUUGCUAUGGAUUUCUGAAAGAACAUGCAUCUGUUCAUUUAUUAUAUUUCUGUUGAAGGUUACACUUCAACGUAGUAACUGACAGUAUGCUGCAUUUUUCUUUCAUUCUCUGGAUAUAUAGUUAAUCAGGUCAAUAUACACAUAGAAAUUAGAGAAAAAUCUUUAUUUAGCCUUGCAGAAUGGAAAUUAACACUCACAUUACCACAUGGAAUUAAGUCAUUCUCUGAAUCGACGGAAUUGCACUAUUAGUCCUUCAAAUGUAAAAUAGAAGAAAGCUCUGUUGUUUAUCAAAGAUAUGCUCUGCUGUUUAUCUUUUUUAUGCUUUGUAAUCUAAUCUAUAGAAGUACAGAAUAGCCAUUACUACCUUUGACAUUAACUGCAACCUUCUGUUAUCUGUUAAUUUUUUGUAGUUUGGUGCUUAGAAGAUUCUUUUUUUUGUUAACAUUUGUUUGCUUGAUAUCACACUUUUAUGUGCUUAGAAGUCAUCUCACACAUGUCAACAGUUCCUGGAAUUAAAAUGGAUUCAAGGGCUAAACGUCGGAAGCGGGAGGAAGAGGAUGAUGAUAUGAUUCUUUUCCUUUUCCCUGCUGUGCAUCUUUUGGAUAGUGGUGGUGGGGGAGAGAGAAAACACCUAGGCAUGCAUCAACCCAGACUGGUGCAGAAAAAGUGACAGAGGUACUUGAAGGGCAUGUCAUGAAUUGCCUUGUGGCGUACCGUAUGGAACCGGAGGUCUUCAAAAGUACUGCAGAAUUUCUAAGAAGGAAGAACUUGGUCCGUGACACUAGGGGAGUUAGAGUGGAGGAAAAGCUUGCUAUGUUCAUGUAUAUGCUAUCCCAUAAUGCGAGCUACCAAGAUAUGCAAUAUGAAUUCAAGCAUAGUGGGGCGACAAUCCACCUACAUAUUAGGGCAUUUUUCGAUAUAGUCCCUACUCUCACCCAUAGAUUCAUUAAGCCGCCUCUUGCAAACCAAACUCAUUCAAAGAUCACAUCAAAUCCUCGCUUCUACCCAUACUUCAAGAAUUGCUUAGGAGCAAUUGAUGGUACUCAUGUUCCUAUCACUAUAAACCCUGAGAUGGCAGCUCCAUAUAGGAAUAGAAAGAGCACACUAAGCCAAAAUGUGAUGUUAGCAUGUGAUUUUGACUUAAACUUCACAUUCAUUUCUUGUGGCUGGGAGGGAUCUGCCACGGAUGCCCGGGUGCUUAGGUCUGCUCAACUAAAUGGUUUUCGCAUACCGAUGGGCAAGUUUUACCUUGUUGAUGGUGGAUAUGCCAACACGCCUUCAUUCCUCGCACCUUACCGUGGCGUUCGAUACCAUCUUAAGGAGUUUGGUCGUGGUCACCGGCGCCCAUCAAACUACAAAUAAUUGUUCAAUCAAAGCCAUGCAUUAUUGCGUAAUCACAUAGAAAGGGCUAUUGGAGUUUUGAAGAAGCGCUUCCCGAUCUUAAAAGUAGGCACACUACACCCUAUUGAAAACCAAGUUAGGAUACCAGCAGCUGCUGCCGUAUUUCACAACCUGAUUAGGAGGUACAAUGGGAAUGAGGGAUGGUUGGAUCUUGAUCAUCAGCCACAUGAUCCACACCAUAUAUCACCUGAAGAUUUUGUUGAUGUUCCAGCGGGAGGUGAUGAGUAUGGCAAUGAUGUCAACUCACUGAAUAAUCAAACUCAUCAAGGAAAUGUUAUUAGGGACAAUAUUGCAAUGGCGAUGUGGAAUGAUUAUGUUCAUGAUCAUUCUAAUCUAGCAUGAUAUGUAAUGAAAUGUGAUGUAAUAAAUGACUUGUGUGUUUUCA